AGGCGCAGGUGCCAAAACCGAAACCUCCCGCAUGUAAAUUUCAUAUUCAGUUUUCAAAGCAACGCUUACACAACGCACAACAAGAUAAGAGUUUCGACGAGCUCUUCCUGUUUGUCUCUGUGAAGACAGUGAAAAGUCAGUGUUGAUUUGAAAUUACUGAAGUUCUAAGGCAGUGAUGCCCCAGCUCACAUCAGGUGUGAUCCUGCAGCUGACGCUUCUGCUGUCCGCUUUACCUGCGCAGUAUCUCAUCUCCAGGUGGACAGGAAGAACCGCCACACAGCGACACAUCGCCACUCAGACAAUCAUCGACACAUGGAGCUCCAUGAGGAAAUCCUACCUGAACACGACUGUUUGGGUUGACUGGAUAAAUACAUGGAUUCCCAAACUACCGUCAUUUGGAGAAGAAGAAGAACAGUAUCAAACACUGGAAGAAGCUUUUGCCAUUGAGCUGUUGAUGCAUGAUAAUGAGCAUGGCUACUUUGCAGUCUCAAAGGAUGCGCGAAGCCCCCGACCAGCGUAUGUGCUACAUCGUGUUGGUGAAGUUGUUCUGGAGACACAAAAUAAAAUGAUAGGGGUGAUCGUGGGCUGGGACGAAGGACUCCGAGCCCCUCCAGAGUGGAUAAAGAGAAAGAAAUACUCAGACACAGAGCUGGAGAGAGCAAAGGACACUCCUCAUUACAGAAUUCUCUUCAGUGGACCAGACUCCUCAUCAAUAUUGAUCGGAUACAUUCCCCAGUAUAAUGUGAAGAUUUUUCGUGGCUUUGAGCCGGACAUUGCAACUCUAGAGCACUAUUUUUCAUACUUCAAUGGAGAAACGUUUGUCAUGCAGGAAUGGCUGCAGGAAAUCUACCCUCACGACUGAAGCCGCACAAACACUUUGAAACCGGAAGUCUGUUAUUUUCCAUUGACAGUAUUGAUUCUUUUAAUGCAACAAGGAAAAGAUCAAAAAAGAAGCAAGUAAAUUUGAGAGAUAUUUACUAUAGGCUACCCCAAAUACAUAAACACUGAAUAAUUUCACUUAUUAAACUUGUUGAAUAUUUUAUAUGUAACUAUCCGAUUUCUCAGGGCUGAAUAGUAAAAAAAAUACUAUCACGUUUUUAGAAUCAUAUAAAUUUGAAUCAUUUGUAAAGUUAUGAGGAAAAACUAAUUGGGAUGUCAAUUAGUUAAACUGUAGUCUAAAUUUAAUGUACUUACCAGCCACUUUAUUAUGUACACCUUACUAGUACUGGGUUGGACCCACUUUUGCCUUCAGAGCUGCCUUAAUCCUGCUUUAAGAUUGGAAAUAUUCCUCUGAGAUUUUGGUACAUAUUGACAUGAUAGCAUCACGCAGUUACUGCAGCUUUGUGGGCUGCACAUCCAGGAUGCGAAUUUCCCAUUCCACCACAUCCCAAAGGUGCUCUUUUGGAUUGAUCUGGUGACUACGGAGGCCAUUCGAGUACAGUGAACUCAUUGUCAUGUUCAAGAAACCAGUCUGAGAUGAUUCACGCUUUAUAACGGCACAUUAUCCUGCUGGAAGUAGUAGAUAGGUACACUGUGGACAUAAAGGGAUGGACAUGGUCAGCAACAAUACUGCAGUAGGCUGUGGCGCUGACACGAUGCUCAAUUGGUACCAAUGAGCCCAAAGUGUGGCAAGAAAAUAUCCAUUACACCACCACCACCACCAGCUGUUGAUAGAAGGCAGGAUGGAUCCAUGCCUUUAUGUUGUUUUACUCCGAAAUGCUGACCCUACCAUCCGAAUGUCGCAGCAGAAAUUGAGACUCAUCAGAGCAGGCAACGUUUUUCCAAUCUUCUAU